AUGUUUAGCAGCGACCAAUUGACAAGCGGAGUAGAAAGAAGGUUAGAUGCACUGCAAAUGGCAUCUGGUACCGGUGGCGGAGAGGUUUACGCUUCACUAAACCCAUUUUGUAAUCACACACUCUUAGGCGAAAUUAGAGGUCUAAGAAUCGAAUCGUCAACCGAUGACAUCAGGUCAAUCAGCCGAGCUUCUCCUAAUGCACUCGUAAUCGGCUCCUCCCUCAUCUGCAUCUGUGAUUGUAUAAGUCGGUCGGACCUCCGCUUAAGGAUAACCGCGCUCAACCUGCGUCAACAUCCCUGGCAAAGUCUUCCAACUUCCUCCACAGAAGCAAUGCGACUUUGCUUCAGGGCCGAUUCCAAAUCAACGUCAUCUAUCUGUGUUGUGCCUCUGCAACAUCCCAUUUAUUGCUAUCUCUGGGUUGACUGCAUAGCUCCAGCUCCCUCUUUUCUUUCUAUCCUUCUGAUUAAGCACAGCCUAUGCUGA